CUGGGGGGUUUGCACUGACAACGAGCACAUCGGCAUUUGUGUCCCUGGGAGAUUAUCCGUGGUCGCAGUCAACCUGUUGAAGAAAUGGAUUUGGAUCAGUUGGACCUGAAUCCCAGAAUUAGUACUGCGCUCAAGAAAGCCAAACUGAAGUCAAUAAAGGAGGUUUUGCAUUUUUCUGGACCAGACCUGCAGAGACUAACCGGCCUCUCCAGCCUCGACGUGCAACACUUGCUGAGAACGGCCUCCCUGCACCUGCGGGGAAGCAGCGUCUUCACAGCUCUGCAUCUGCACCAGCAGAAGAAGAGGUUCCCCACCCAGCACCAGCGCCUGAGCCUGGGCUGCCCCGUGCUGGACGGCCUUCUCCGCGGCGGCCUGCCCCUGGACGGUGUCACCGAGCUGGCCGGUCAUAGCUCCGCCGGGAAGACCCAGCUGGCCCUGCAGCUCUGCCUGACCGUGCAGUUCCCUCCGCGGCACGGAGGCCUGGAGGCCGGGGCCGUGUACGUCUGCACCGAAGACGUCUUCCCGGACCUGCGUCUGCAGCAGCUCAUUGCGGGGCAGCGGCACCUGCGGACGGAUGUUCCGGGAGAGGUGAUCGACAAGAUGAAGUUUGGCCACCAGAUCUUCAUCGAGCACGUGGCCGACGUGGACGCCCUGCUAGAGUGUGUGAGUAAGAAGGUGCCCGUGCUGCUGUCGCGGGGGAUGGCCCGCCUAGUGGUCAUCGACUCCGUGGCGGCCCCGUUCCGCUGUGAGUUUGACGGCCUGGCCUCAAUGCCCAGGGCCAGGCGUCUGCAGGCCUUGGGGGCCACCCUGCGCCGGCUGAGCAGCACGUUCCGUAGCCCCGUGCUAUGCAUCAACCAGGUGACAGAGGCCAUGGAGGAGCGGGGCACGGCACCCGGGCCACAAGGUCUCUGGGAGGAGCGGGUCUCUCCAGCCCUCGGAAUGACCUGGUCCAAUCAGCUCUUAAUGCGGCUGAUGGUCAGCCGGCGCCGCCCCGAGGAGGAAGCCGUCCUCCCCCCGCCCGGCCGCCCUGACCGCACCCUGCGGGUGAUCUUCGCCCCUCACCUGCCCCCCUCAUCCUGUUCCUACACCGUCAGCAUGGAGGGGGUCCGGGGGACUCCCGGGACCGAGGCCCGUUGACGUGGCAGCUGCAGAACGGCCGGCCAGGUCCCAAGAAACCCCGAGUCUGGCCGAGCCCUCCACACUCUGCGGGCACAGGGGACUCACGUCUUGACCCGGGACACCCAUCGCUGGGACAGGGUCUGCUCCAGGGGUUGGCUGCCCCUUCUCAACGGCGGGAAGGCAGUAAGCACGGAUGACCCGCCUGACGUGGCCUCCCCCCGGGCAGGGCUGUCUGCCUUCACGCCCCAUGCCCCCACUGCCCCCCACGCUGCCUGGCACAGCGGGCCCUGGACCCUUUCGCCAUGGCCUGUUCUCUGCCGGGCACUGUCCUAAGUAAUUCAUCCACAUUGGAGUGCGUCUCCUUCGCGGCCCCUGGGGAUGGGCACAGUUACCGUCCUUGGUCUCAGGGAAACUGAGGCAGAGAACAGUGAAGUGACUUGGCCAACCUCCUGCAACUCCGUGAGCCAGAGGCUGAUCCCCAGGCUGGUACCAGGAGGGCAGGGACAUAACCUGACCCAGUACUAGGGUGGAGGCAGAGGUCCCCGUAACUGGGCAGACUCGCACUGUUUUGACAUU